AUCAAGCAACGAGAGCAGUAACAACAGAUAAUUCGUAGAACAUAACAAACAACUAGGUAUUUUUUCACCUCCCUCCUAUUCAUCCGUCCUACCAACAAUGCCAAAGCCCGUUUUAGGCCCGGAAAGACGCACCAACCCUUUAAUUUGGUGUGUUGCCCUACUUUGCACCUUCAUAACCCUAGCCGUGAUCAUCACUGGCAUCAUCGUCUUCAUCGGAUUCAUCAUUGUUAGGCCAAAAGUUCCACAAAUGAGUGUGGCAAGUGCAAAUAUAGACACUUUUGCCUAUGACAUGUCUAAUCUCCUAUCAAUCAAGGUGUCAAUUGUGAUCAAUGCUGAAAAUGACAAUGUAAAAGCCCAUGCAACUUUCUAUGAGACAAUUUAUACACUAUACUUUCAUGAUGUGAAAGUUGCAUAUUUAAGAGCUGACCCUUUUGAUGUAUCUAAAAAUAGUACAAUCCCAUUAUAUUAUCCUGUGGAGUCAACGUCGAUCGCGUUGACUCCACAGGAAGGAGCAAAUGCUGAGGUGGCAUUAAAUCAAAGACUAGUAGUUCUUGAUCUUAAAGGAAGUUCAAGGACUAGAUGGAGAUUAGGGUUAGUUGGUUCUGUUAAAUUCUGGUUGCAUCUUAAUUGUAAGCUUAAGCUACCAUUAGAUGGAAGAACUAUUUACCCAAAAUGUAACACCAAAUCGAGAUAAUUCGUG